AUGUCGACCAUAACACCCAUACCCUCGCCACCGGCCUUGCCCCUAGUUGGCAACGCUACGCAGAUUGACCCUGUGAAUUCACUGCGCUCUUUUGUUGAAUUUGGCGACAAAUAUGGCGAAACGUACCGUAUAUACCUUCCUGGUGGGAGGACCAUAGUCUUUGCCAACAGUCAUCGACUCAUCAAUGAGCUGUGCGACGAGAAACGGUUCACUAAGAUACCGAACGGAGUGCUUGAGGAAAUCCGACACGGAGUACACGAUGGGCUUUUCACUGCGAAACCAGGAGAGGAGGCUUGGGGUAUUGCUCACAGAGUAUUGAUGCCAGCGGUAAGUCGUUCCAGCUCUAACUGGUUCGGCCCGUUGUCGAUUCGUGGCAUGUUCGAUGAAAUGCACGAUGUUGCAUCCCAAAUGGCGUUGAAGUUUGCCCGAUAUGGCUCAAACACCCCUAUACCAGCAUCCGAGGAUUUCACCCGUUUAGCUCUUGACACGCUUGCUCUGUGUUCUAUGGGAUUUCGCUUCAACAGCUUCUACGCCAAAGAGAUGCAUCCUAUGAUCGAGGCGAUGGUUGGCUUUCUAGUUGAGGCCGGGAAACGACCCAGUAGGGUGUUGCCCUCUUUCUUUUACCGAGCCGAUGAUGCCAAGUACUUUUCAGACAUUUCUGUCCUGAGAGAUACAGCCCAGGAAGUCCUCGAAUCAAGAAAAAAGAACCCCAAUAACCGCAAGGAUUUAUUAAAUGCUAUGCUCAAUGGCGUUGACCCGAAGACCGGAAAGCAUAUGAGCGACUCGAGCAUCAUCGACAAUCUUAUUACCUUCCUGGUCGCUGGUCAUGAAACCACAUCAGGUACCCUGUCUUUCGCUUUCUACCGCUUAGUGAAAAACCCGGAGGCGUAUCAAAAGGUGCAGAAGGAAGUCGAUGAGGUUAUUGGAAAAGGUCCCAUCACCGUCGAACAUCUGCCUAAGCUGCAUUAUAUAACAGCAGUUCUGCGCGAAACACUAAGACUUGAUUCACCCAUCCCCAUAUUCGGUGUAGUUUCCAAUGAAGAUCAGCUACUGGCCGGGAGGUAUCCUGUGUCUAAGGGCGAGCCGUGCACGCUCUUCCUGGCCAAGGCUCAUCUCGACCCAGCCGUUUGGGGUGAUGACGCCAACGAGUUCAAGCCGGAGCGGAUGUUAGACGAACCGUUUAGCAAACUUCCGAAGAACGCAUGGAAGCCAUUCGGAAAUGGAGCUCGUGCUUGUAUUGGUCGCCCAUUUGCCAUGCAAGAAGCGAUCCUAGCUAUGGCCAUGCUAUUCCAGAACUUCAACUUCGUUUUGCACGACCCUAAUUACAACCUAACCAUCAAGCAAACCCUGACUAUCAAGCCUGAUAAUUUCCUCAUGCGCGCCAUCUUGCGCGAUGGCAUGUCACCAACCCAGUUAGAACAUCGUCUAGCUGGUAGUGGCCCCUCGCAAGAAUCCUCGAAGCUGCAAGCCGAGGGCUCAUCAGCUUCGUCAGUCAUGGGGCAGCGCAUGACCGUUCUAUACGGCAGCAAUAGCGGUACUUGCGAGUCAUUGGCUCAACGAGUAGCCAACGACGCCUCUCGUCACGGCUUUACCGUAGACAAGGUUGACUGCUUAGACUCAGCCAACGGCGCAAUUCCCAAAAACCAGCCGGUCGUCAUUAUCACGGCAUCGUACGAGGGAGAGCCCCCCGACAAUGCCGCUCUCUUUACAUCUUGGCUAGCAGGCUCCAAAGACAGUAGUUUGCUAAAAGGAGUAGAUUACGCUGUCUUCGGUGUAGGUCAUCAUGACUGGGUCCAGACAUUCCACCGCGUCCCGAAACUCGUUGACACCAAGCUUGAAGAGAAUGGUGCUACCCGCAUUGCAGAGAUGGGCCUGACAGAUACUGGGUCAGGCGAUACGUUCACAGACUUCGAGACGUGGGAAGACAACAUCCUUUGGCCAGCACUUCAUCAAAAGUAUGGCGCCGGCGAGUCCCAUGAUGAGGCUACGCAGUCUACGUGUCUAAACGUAGAGAUCACAAGCCCACGAACAUCGGCCCUUCGUCAAGACGUUAUGGAAGCGCUCGUAGUUGAAACGCGGAAAUUAACGGCAGACGGUGAGCCCGUCAAGAAGCACAUCGAGAUCGCUCUCCCUAGCGGACAGACAUACCGAUCAGGUGAUUAUCUUGCUGUUCUCCCGAUCAACCCCAAAGUCGUCGUUCAGCGCGCUAUGAGACGAUUCCAGCUACCAUGGGAUGCCCACAUCACAAUUGGCGGCGCUGCAAGCACGCAACUACCCACAAAUACAUCCAUGCCGGCACACAGCAUCUUUAGUGCAUAUGUCGAGUUGGCUCAGCCAGCAACGAAGAGGAACAUUCUCGCCCUCGCAGAAGCAGCGCAGAAAGACGAAGACAAGGAUGCCCUAAAGAAAUACGCCAAUGAGAAGUACUCAGAGGUGCAAGACAAGCGCGUCUCGGUCCUCGAUCUCUUGGAGGAGUUCCCUGCCAUCGAGCUGCCCCUCGGAUUAUUCCUCGCGAUGCUUCCGCCCAUGCGCGUACGACAAUAUUCCAUAUCCUCCUCUCCACUCUGGAACCCGAACCACGUCACGCUGACGUUCGCGGUGCUCGAGGCGCCUUCGAAAUCCGGCCACGGCACCCACGUAGGCGUCGCCUCGUCGUACCUGGACUCGCUCGAAGCAGGCGAUAAGCUGCACGUCACCGUGCGCAAGUCGCACGCCGCAUUCCACCUCCCGCAGGACCCCGAGAACACCCCCGUGAUCUGCAUCGGCGCGGGCACCGGCAUCAGCCCCUUCCGCGGCUUCAUCCAGGAGCGCGCCGAGAUGAUUGCCGCGGGCCGCAAGCUCGCGCCCGCGAUGCUACUGAUCGGAUGCCGGGCUCCAGGGCGCGACGACCUGUACGCCGAGGAGCUAGAGGCGUGGGAGAAGGCCGGUGCCGUAACCGUCAAGCGCGCGUACAGCCGCGCCACUGACAAAUCCAACGGCGCCAAGUAUGUGCAGGACUUGAUCGCGGCCCACGAGGACGAGAUUGUUCCCCUAUGGGAUGCGAAUGCGAGAUUGUACACGUGUGGUUCGCGCGCUAUCGGUGACGGCAUCAAGAAUGCUGUCAUCAAGAUGGUGCUGGAGGGACAGAAGGCGAAGGGCGAGGAGAUUUCCGAGGAGAGGGUGGCGCAGUGGUGGGAGGGACUGAGGAAUGUCCGGUAUGCUACUGAUGUCUUUGAUUGA